AUGCCACAUUCAUUCUUGCAGGGUGCUAGAUAUAAUAUUCCUAUAUCAGUGUAUCUAUGGGACACUCAUCCAUAUUAUGCACCGAUUUGUUACGUAUGUCCGACACCGACGAUGGUCAUACGUGAGUCAGAGCAUGUAACGAAGCAAGGACGCGUAUUUCUGCCAUACCUGAAUGAAUGGCGGUUCCCGGGUUAUGACUUGAACGGAUUAUUACAAGUAAUGGCGAUGGUAUUUCAAGAAAAAUGUCCUGUUUUCGCAAAAUCAUCGACAGCAUCAGCAAACAGCACGCCGACACCGACAUCUGCCACCUCACAGCCUACCCCUUCGUAUCCAACACCAUAUCCAACAGCAACUCCCUCGCUACCAACACCCUAUCCGGCCAUGCCACCAUAUUCAGGACAAACUCCGUAUCCUACGACGGGCAAUCAAUUCGGAAGGUACAGUUUAUCAAUGCUCCAUAAUUGUUUAGAUUUUUUAUGCUACAUGUAUCAUCUGGCCGUUGUAUGCUGUCCUCGUUACGGUGUAUGGUUUUGUUGUUGUUCUCGAGACCGAAUGGGUUCUCAAAUACUUUUUAUGAACUUCGCUUCCUAG